UCCAGAUGCACAUCAAUUCCAAGAAGCAUGGCUUUGUGUUUUGACAUUGGGUACACUGAGAUGAGACUCCCCAACCUGCUGGACCAUGAGACAAUGGCUGAAGCAAUCCAGCAGUCUACCAGCUGGCUGCCCUUGUUAGCCAGAGAAUGCCAUCCAGAUGCCAGGAUCUUCCUCUGCUCUCUCUUUGCCCCAAUCUGCUUAGACAGGCUCAUCUAUCCCUGCCACAGCCUGUGUGAAGCUGUCAGGAGUAGCUGUGCCCCAGUCAUGGCUUGCUAUGGCUACCCUUGGCCUGAAAUCCUGAACUGCAACAAAUUCCCUGAAGACCAUGAGCUGUGCAUCUCCUCAAUCACCGAUGAAAACACUUCCAGCAGGAGAAUGCCCCGAGCCAGCUGCAGGGACUGUGAACUUGAAGAACCUAGCUCUGCCAAGGAGAUUCUGGAAAACUUUUGCACCAGUGAUUUUGCUGUGAAAAUUAGGAUUUUGAGGAAGAACAAGACAUCCACCAUUGCUGACUUUGACCUUGACUCCAAGUUGGAAGUUCUGAAGCAUGGUCCCCUCCUCAAGACUGAAACUCACCCCAAACUUCAGCAGUGGCUGAACUUAGACGCUACCUGUGUACAUAACAUCAUGAGAGGCACAAAUACAGGGGUCUAUGUGAUCAGCGGAGAGGUGCAGAAUGACAAAGUUGUGGUGGUGAACAAGGCCUAUGCCUGGCACAAGAAGAACCGAAAUCUACAGGCUGCUGUGCGACGAUGGAAACAUUACAAAUGCCGAACUUGA